UACAACUUGCACGUAUUACCCCCUACCGUGCCGCGCCCUCACCCCUAUCAGUGUUCGGGAAAAUCUUCGUAUUCCCGGCCAACGUCGCCGUACUGCCGCGUCGCGUUUGCUUUACAAUAGAAUCCAAUUUAUCCUCAACGACAUAACCCACUUUGUGGAUCAGGACAGGUGUGACGUGAAGUGCUCUCGAUACUGUGCUAUGGUGAAUUUUCGGAAAUGUAUGCUAGUGUCGUCGAGUGAAUAAUAGAUCGGGGCUACCUCGGAGAGCCGGCACCGCUCGAGCCAAGCGUCGCGUGAUGGCGCAUGGAGUGCGCGCGGACGGCGUGGUGCGCGGUGCUGGUGCUCGCGUCCCUGGCGGCCGCCGGCCCUCGCUACAGCUCACGCAUCGUGCACACGCACGCAGGAGCUAUCAGAGGUAUAAUAGUGGAACCAGCUUCUCGCCGCCUGGAGCCAGUGGAAGUAUUCUGGGGAGUACCAUAUGCGGGUCAGCCUCCUCGGCUGGGACCACCGCCUCCAGCGCCAAGCUGGCCCGGGACAAGACUCGCCGACGCAUUUGCUCCAGUCUGCCCACAACGCUAUCCAGACAUAUCCAACAAAAGUGCAACAUUAUCGAAAAUGCCUCUGGGCCUGUACAACGAGCUGAAAGCCACUAUUCCCCUCUUGGUGAAUCAAAGCGAAGACUGCCUCAACCUCAAUAUUUAUGUACCCGGUAGCGGAGCGCGUGGCGUCGAAGCGCCGUACGCCGUGGUGGUAUGGGCGGGCGGCCCGUCCCACGAGUGGGGCUCCGGCAACGCAUUCGACGGCGCCGUGCUCGCUGCGCGUGCGCAUCUCCUCGUGAUUACUAUUAACUAUAGACUAGGUUUAUUAGGUUAUCUUACAAGUGGUCUGAAGUCGGAUGAAGUGCAACAAGCUGGAGGGGCUGCGGUUCUUGAUGUAGCUGCUGCUUUAUCGUGGGUGCAGCUCAAUGUCGCUGCCUUUGGUGGAGACCCUCGUCGGGUCACGCUUGCUGGCCAUGCUGCUGGUGCAGCGUUGGCGAAUGCCCUGCUCAUGAUGCCAAAUAGUAAAGGUCUGGCAUCUCGUGUGCUGCUAUUGAGUGGUUCGGCUUUAAGUCCAACUGCUCUAGCACCUGAUGCUGCACUGGCACGAGAGCAUACAGUUCAGGCAUUACGCUGCACCCCUGACUCCAGCACUGACGAGAAUUGGUUAGUGGAAUGUAUUCGCACUCGGCCACUUGUUGCCCUACUCGCUGUCGAAGCUCCUAGAGCCAGAUUCUUAGCUGGUUGGGCUCCUUCGGUACCACUUCAGAAAGAUUCCAGCUUAAACCAAGCACCAACCAAAGCUUUACACGCCAGUGAAGCAUUUCUUGACUGCGCUUUGGCUAUAGUUGUAGCCACUACUGAGAGUUACCAAUUUUUCAACGAAGACGAUAUACGACACGGUUUUGAGGAAGAGCACAGAAAUCGUAUUCUGCGCACGUACGUUCGCAACGUGUACCGAUACCAUCGCAAUGAGAUCUUCGCUGCAAUCCGUAACGAGUAUACGGACUGGGAGAAACCUAUACAGCAUCCGAUCAAUAUUCGCGACGCAACGCUCGAGUCGCUGAGCGACGCGGCGGUCGCGUCGCCUGCGCUCCGUGUCGCCCAGCUGCACGCGCGGAGAGGCGCCAGGACCUACUUUGCGCAUUUUGCACAUCAAAGCAAAGAUGCUGACUACCCUCAGAGGCUAGGCAGCGUCACCAGUGAAACCUUACCCUACUUCCUAGGUUUACCCUUAGUUGGAGGGAUGCAGUUCGCACCUCGAAAUUACUCCCGGGGAGAUAUAGCAGUGGCAGAAUCCGCUGUAGCUCUCCUCGCUGCGUUCGCUAAGACCGGAGAUCCAACACCUCGGACUGAUGAGCGGCAUCACGACAAUGCUGCAUCCUGGCCAAGAUAUGAGCUAAAUACACAACAAUAUUUGAGUAUAAGUACAAAACUACGAGUGAAAAGCCACUAUCGCGGACACAAAAUGGCGCUGUGGCUGCACCUAAUACCUCAGCUGCAUCGACCUGGAGCGGCACCGAGGCAUCACCAGUUCCGUUCCAUACACCCUGACAUGUUUGCUGGUGAGAUAUUUCCCGAGUUGUACACAACAACGGCAUCGUUAGACGAUGAAGAAGAGAGUCAGGAAAUAGAGGAAGAACCACCAGAUCUGGAGGAGUGUGAGCCUUCACCAUCACCACGGCCUGCGCUGUCCGCACUACCAGCGCCACAGCCGACACCAAAAGAAGACUCGUUGACUACCCUGGACUCUCAAUAUUACAGUUAUACAGUGGCACUUGGUGUUACUGUUGGCGCCGGGUGUUUCUUGCUGGCUUUAAAUGUGCUGGUCUUUGCUGGGAUCUAUCUGCAGCGCGGCCGCCGUAGGACCACACAUCGCAGGUCUAGAAGAGAAGGAAGCUGCAGUAGUCGCACAAGAGCGGGGUCUCUCAGUAGCGAUCCGACAACCAUCACUUCGCCUCGAAAGAGUACACUCAAGCGCAGCAGCGAGUCAGAACUAAAAGAGAGACCCAACAACGCCGCGCCGCCAAAAAAACGCGUCCAAAUCCAGGAGAUAUCUGUUUAGAAGACUAUUGACAGUCUGAGAAAUGAACAUUUCGUUUUGAAAUUGUGUAAAUGAGUUUACUCGCGUAUAUUAAUGAAUACGAUAACGUACGAUAUAGUAUGUAUAUGUAGUUGUCGUUAAAAUUAAACAUUUAUGUGCAAAUUGUAUGAACUAUGAAAAAAAAUUAAGAGAAUUAUGUUAAUGAAAUAUUAAUUCUUGAAGUUUUCUUCACUUUAGCAAAUCUAACAGGGAAGUAUUUUAGACGUCUUAAUAAUAAAGUAUACAAGAUUAAACGAUAUGAAAUAUCUAUUACUAAAUAUACAUAAACCUACAUAGCAAUGUUAUCUAAAUUGUACGUAAGUAAACUCGUUUCUUUGUUAACUAUAACUCUAAAAUGUGAACUGUAAAUUUAUACUCUGCAUUUAAUAUCACUUGAUGCAUCUGAGGAUAACUUGUAUCGGAUUAUAUUAUUAUAUAUUAGGACAAUGUCACUUGUAUCUACCUCCUGACCAAUUAAAUCAUUAGUGUCUGUUGGCUCUACGUACAAUGAUCUGUUUUAUUUAUAUAUCUGUUAUCGUUUAACGUUAAUCUGUUAUUAAUUAUUCCUGUUGAUGUUUCUGUUUCAUAUAUUGUAUAUAUAUUAUCAAAUAUUAAUAUAUUUAAAUCUCGUAGAAUGUAAUCAGGAAUGGUGCAGUAAUUCUUUAGUAUUACCUGAAAUUGUAUUCAUAUUGAGCACAACUAUGAUUGUUGUUUUCUGUUCAAAUAUUCCAAUAAUUUCUAUAUUAGUUACUAAACAUUAAACUUUAGUAAUAAUAUUUUAUACAUUUAUUAAAUAAUCAUAAAUAACUUCACGUUAAAUAAUGAUCAGUCUUUUAGUUGUCGAGUAUAUGUUGUGAGAAUUUUAUAAAGUAUUUCUUUACUCUAGAAAUAUUUAUUAUUUAUACACGGUGACUCCGUUUAAUUCUAAUGUGAAAUAGUAUGUUGUGUAUAAACUUUGCGACUUAUUAGUUGUCUCUGGACUAAAAUUAAUAGCAUAUGUUUAUUUACUGUCUCAUAGAGACAAAUAUUGUAUGGAACUUGUUCAAAAUCGUCAUGUUUAUUAAACAGAAUUAUUUCAUUAUCUAUAGAAGUAAAGAUUACAAUAAUUUCAAUACAAAUCCUAGUAAUUUACUUAUUGUUAACUGUAGCGAACUACUUGAAGAGUUUUAAAACUAUUUUUAAGUUUUAAAACAAUAUUCUUUGACAUCUUUAUUGUUACUUUCUAUUAUAUAUCGCUGUCAUAUUAGUAGUAUUUUAUUUUAUCUCAAUAUUUUCCUUUUUAAAACCCUCAGGACCUCUCACUCAUCAGACACAUUAGAUACCUUCGCUUCAGUUAACAAUAAUAUUAUUGUUCGUGUUAAACAAAUUCUGUUUCACACAAUGCAAUAUAGCUUAUUUCUACAAGUAUACAUUGUAAAAAUACACAAGCAUAUAGGAAAAUUAAAAAAAUAGUAUUCCGGCCGUUA